AUUUUAUAAAUAAAUUCAUUUUAUAAUUAAAUUUCAAGCUCAACGAACGUCUUAAGUGAAGAGUGCGUCGAUUAUGUCAAAUUCUUUACAUUGCUUAUGUAAUAUUAUUAGCCCCUGCCGUAACGAAUUGUCCGGCAGUAUAUUGCUAAUACAAUGGUUCUUUCUAAGUGUGGCAGCGAUAUUGAAUUUCUUUCGACCCGUUUUGGUGCUGUUUGGUAUACGAGCUCAAGUGGAUUUAAAUGAAGAGGAUUACAACGACACUUGGAUUUAUAUGCCGGAUGGUAAUGGUGAGCCUCAAGUAGCAUAUCUUGUCGAACCACCACCGGACGAUAAUCGCAACGACGGACCUCAGAUCAUACAAUUUGAAUACUACGAGAGUUCCAAACCGUCCGCACCGGUUGUUAGCAAUUUGCUAAUUAGCGACGAUGAUGUUCUGACUACUGCCCGCUUUAAACGCGAUACCUGGGCCGAAAUGGCGGAAAAAUUUAAUCCCAAGUUGGAUACAAAAAUUUUAGUUCAUGGCUGGAAAUCGAGCACACAAAGUAAUUCCAUAAAAUCAAUACGAGGAGCUUACAUGCAACGAGGACAUAUCAACGUAUUUGCCAUUAAUUGGAAAGAUCAAGCUGACAAUAUAUACUACUUACGACCUGCUCGUUAUACGGUACAGGUUGGUCGUGCUGUCGCUAAAUUAAUCGAUUUAUUGGUAGAAACCAAGAACGCAGAUCCAAAACGUAUACAUUUGAUUGGACAUUCGCUGGGUGCUCACAUCAUGGGCUACGCCGGAGCUUAUACGAAAUAUCGUGUGGGCAGAAUUACAGGUUUAGAUCCAGCCCGGCCCGCUUUUGAAGAUUGUAUUGGUCCUGAAAAUCAUUUAGAUCGCACAGAUGGGGAUUUCGUGGAUGUCAUACAUAGUUGUGCCGGAUUUUUAGGUUUUAAAAAGCCUAUAGCGCACAUCGACUUCUAUCCGAAUGGUGGAAAUCCCCCGCAACCCGGUUGCACUGAGCUCAAUCAAAUAUUUACUGGCUGCAGUCACGGUCGCUCCUAUGAAUACUACGCUGAAUCUAUUAAUAGUACUAAGGGAUUUUAUGCGGUGCCUUGUAACAGCUUAGAUGAAAUCAAAGGUAAAAAUUGUACUGGGCAAAAGAUCUUGAUGGGAGAUCCGGUUCCUCAUACCGCUGAAGGAAUUUAUUACUUAAAAACGAAUAGCAAGCCUGAGUUUGCUUUGGGUGUAGGAUGGUUAAACCUUUAA